AUGCCGUAUUCCAUUAUUCUCGAUGAACUUAGUGAAGGUCCAGAGGUGGUUUCUGAGACUGAGGAAAAGGUCCGUUUGAUUCGAGAUGGACUGAAAGCGGCUUCUGAUAAACAAAAGUCUUAUGCAGAUCUGAAGCGUCAAGAGAUAGAAUAUUUCGUGGGAGACCUCGUUUUCCUUAAGUUGGAGCUAUCUCUAGAGCUAGACCGGAUUCAUGAUGUGUUCCAUGUUUCGAUGUUGAAACGUUAUCACUCUGAUCCCACGCACAUUGUUCCUAUGGAGGUGAUAAAAGUUUGGCCAGGUCUAUCAUUUGAGAAGGAGCCAGUGCAGAUAUUGGAUCACGACAUAAAGGUUUUAAGGAGGAAGUCUAUUCCCCUAGUGAAAUUGUUAUGGCGUAAUCAUAGGAUAGAGGAGGCUACUUGGGAGCUGGAGGAUUCGAUGCGUUAG